UGUAGUGUACUUUGUUCAGUAGGGCGGGGCUUGCGGUUUCCUUAGAAAGUGUACUGUAGACUAAAUAAUUGUUACAGUACGAAGGCCACGUUUCUUUUAACUCUGCAACAAACGCAAAUACAAUGUAAUUUCAAUGACAAAGAGCGUUAUUGUAUAAUCUUCACACAGAGGGUGGCGGGAAAAGGCGGUCCACAUCAAAGCGGAACAAGAAAGGCUCGCGAGGCGCUUGCAUUCAUCCUCACUAUCAGUGCAUCUUUGUUUAUUUAGUUUUUCAAAAGUCUAAAUCACCUUUUGCUAACAAAAGGUUAAUUUUAAACGUAUUAUAUAACUCCCGCAAAGCAUGUCCAUGGCCCUCAAGCAAGUCUUCAACAAGGACAGGACAUUCCGGCCCAAGCGCAAGUUUGAGCCUGGGACGCAACGCUUUGAGCUACACAAGAAAGCGCAGGCAUCCCUUAACGCCGGCCUGGACCUGAAGCAAGCGGUUCAGCUGCCCCACGGCGAGGACCUCAAUGAUUGGGUGGCCGUUCACGUGGUGGACUUCUUUAAUCGCAUCAAUCUCAUCUACGGCACCAUCAGCGACUCCUGCACGGACCAGACCUGUCCGGUUAUGUCUGGGGGUCCUAAGUACGAGUACCGUUGGCAGGACGAACACAAGUACAAAAAGCCCACCGCUCUCCCUGCACCAAAGUACAUGAGUCUGCUGAUGGACUGGAUUGAGGUCCAGAUCAACAAUGAACAUAUCUUCCCCACUAAUGUUGGUACGCCAUUCCCCAAGACCUUCAUGCAGGUAGCGAAGAAGAUCUUAUCUCGUUUGUUCCGUGUCUUCGUCCAUGUGUACAUCCACCACUUCGACCGCGUGAGCCACAUGGGAGCCGAAGCCCACGUGAACACCUGUUACAAACAUUUCUAUUACUUUGUUACUGAAUUCAACCUCACAGACCAGAAAGAACUGGAGCCUCUGAAAGAGAUGACAUCACGGAUGUGCCACUGAAAUGGAGAGCAGCGGUCCCCUUACAUUCCACACAGAUCAGAAGAACCACACAAAUUAACAAUUUAAAAGCAGAUUAUAAAGAAAACAAACGUUUAAAGACUAUAUUUUUAUACACUUUAAAGUACUGUAAUAUUCUAUUUAGUGAGAGGCGUCUACAUCUCUGUAUUCUGAUGUGUAUACUGGCAUAGGGAGAAUAUUUUUAUUAGAAAUCAGUAUUAUCGGUCCUUUUUGUUUUCCAAAUUUGUUCUAAAUCAUUUCUUUUUUCUGUUGUACUGCUAUAAUCUAUAACAUACAGAUUAUAUUUGUAACUAUUUAUGUAUGUGGUUGAGAUAUUAAACCCACUCAGUCUCGUCUGUGUAUCUCGUACGUUUUGCUCUUGGUUGUUAUUCGUCUUAGAUGAAAUUUGGAUUUUUGCUAAUUUUGGGGUAAAUAUUCAGAGUUCUCUGGAAGUUAUUCAAAUGUGGUAAAUAUAGCUCAUGGUACUAUUCAAUUUAAAAGAUUAAUUUCAGAGUUCUUGCAUUACACUGAGUCAUAAUUAAGAAAUGUAAAAAAAAAUGGUAGCUUCUGAUUAAACAGAAUGAUUGAACUCGUGUGUCAGUGCAUUUUAAUUCAUCUCACCCUGUGGUAUACUGAUUUUUAUGUUGUUUUCUAUUCCUUAAGUGAAAGACAAUCUUAAUGUAUUUUUUUUUUCUUUUAACUGGUUGUGUUUGUGGUAUCGUGUCAGCCUUUUGAUACCCUGCACUAUUAAAUAAAACAUUAAGAUAACUGA